AUGGUCAACCUCGACGUGAUCCACGCCUCCAACACCACCCUGGUGAAGAGCCAACCCCUGGUGGCCGUCUUCUUCGGCGGCACCUCCGGGAUCGGCCACUACACCCUGCGCGCCCUGGCCACCGCGGAAUCGCAGCACCGAAGCAAAGGCCUGCGCGCCUAUCUCGUGGGGCGCAAGGCCCAAGCCGCCGAGACCAUCAUCGCCGAAUGCCGCGCCCUGUACCCGGCGGGCGAGUACAUCUUCGUGCCGGCCCACGACCUCUCGCUGCUCGGGGAUGUCGACCGCGUGUGCGCCGAGAUCCUGUCCCUGGAGCGCGAGCACGGCCAACCAAGCGCGAAUCCGCCGCGCAUCGACUAUCUGAUGCUGUCCCACGGCGGAGCACCCUUCCAACCCCGAAAAGAUACCGCCGAAGGCCUGGACACGACCAUGGCCCUGCUCUACUACUCGCGCAUGCGAGCAAUCACCAACCUCCUCCCGUUACUCCUCGAGUCCCCGCUGCCCGCGGCGAUCGUCUCCGUCUACGCCGCGGGGUAUGAGGGUAAGCUCUACGCGGACGACCUGUCGCUGCGCGACCACAAAAUCUACAGCUACGCGCAGGCGCGCUCGCACAUGAUCUACAUGCACACGUGGUUCCUGGAGCAGCUGGCGGAGCGGCACCGCGGCCGGCUGCGGCUCGUUCACAUCUUCCCGGGGCUGGUGCUGGGCCCGGCCUUCGCGAACCCGGAGCUGCCCGCCUGGUUCCGGGGGUUCUGGCGCUGGGUGUUCGUGCCGCUCUUCGGGCGGUGGGUCGCCGUGCCGGCGCGGGAGUGCGGGGCCCGGAUGCUGAGCCUGGCGGCGCCGCGCUAUCCGCCGCGGGGGCCGGGCGGCGCAUCGGCUUCGGCUUCGGCUUCGGCAGCGGUGGGGGAUCAUCGGCGGAAUAAUGGAGAUGUGGCGAUGGGAACGGAUGGCAGCCCGGGCGGUGGGGUCUACUCGCUGGGCUGGAAAGGUGAGUCGAAUAUCCAACUUAAGGCAUACGAGAAGUUCGAUUUGGCGGAGAUGAGGGCCAAGAUCUGGGAGCAUACGAUGAGGGCUUUCGAGACGAUUGAGAGAGGAGAUGUUUUCAGGGAUUGA